CAUUCGCCGAUAAUUCGAAUUUUUUAUUUUUUUGGUCCCGUUGUCCGAAGUCGCUACGCGCAGACUCGGACGUGACGCCUUCGAGGAGGAGGACGCCGCGUCAGUGGGAAUGGUCUUUCCGCGUCCAUCUUUUCCCUUUUUCCUGGUCGACAGAUGAGAAAAAUAUUGCCAAGAUGGAUGGAAUGCUAUCACUGUAUUGGAAUAACCACAAGGCAACAUUCUGUCACAUCCUAGCAACUCUCAGGGAAAAAGAGCGGUACACGGAUGCCACUCUGGCUUGUGAGGGUAAAUUUUACCCAGUGCAUAAGUUGGUGCUUUCAACAUGUAGUGAAUAUUUUGAACUUAUGUUUGAGAAUACUCCAUGUAAGCACCCUAUUAUAGUGUUAAAAGAUAUAAAGCCCGAUGAACUAGAGGCAUUACUUAGUUAUAUGUACGCUGGUGUAGUGUCAGUGGCGCAAAAUGACUUAGCUAGAUUAAUAAAAGCAGCUGAGCUGCUUCAAAUCAAAGGGCUUGCUGUCCCUGAUGAACCCCCUAGCACAGAAGACAACAAAAGACCCCUCUCCUCUAGAGACAGUAGAGAACAAAGAAGUCCUCAGCCAAAGAGGAGAAGAAGAGAGGAAAACGGUUCCUUAGCCUCUAAUAGUCCUAGCACCUCGCCUAAAACCUCUCCGUACCCUCACGAUAGUGAAUCUCGAACACAUUCUAGAACGUUAAGUGAAAACAAUAGGGCAGAGCAAAGACAAGAUUCUCUAGAUCCUUCAACCUCGCAGGAGUCAUCUGAAUCAGAUGUUAAGGUUAUGGUUGAUGAGACCCUAGUCAAAGAAGAAGCAGUAGAGACUAUAGAUGACAGUCAAUCUGAGAGGUUAGAUUUCAUGCCAUUAAGUGAUCCUGGGUUAGAUAACCCCGGUGGGGAUGAUCCUCUUUCGUCUAAUAAAUACGAACAACCCGGGGGGUUGUCAGGCCAGGCACAACCCAUAGCUGAUGCAGUAGCAGAAGCUUUAGCCGGGCCCUCUGGAAUGCAAGGGUGGCUCGGCGUAGGGGACAUGCCCAGUGGCUUCUCAUCCGAAAAUUAUGGGGGUGAGGGAAGCCAAGAUGUUCACGGGAGCCCAGGUCAAGCAAGUGGCCCACAAGCACAACAGAGGCAUGCCCUGGUUAGAUAUCACUGGGCCAGCCUGGCUGUCAGGAGCGCCUUCGCUGCCGCUGCGGCUGUCACUUCUUCUUCUUUCUCCUCCUCCUACUCCACCACCACCCCCCCCACCUCAACAUCAGCAUCAGCUUCAGCUUCAGUAUCCGCAUCCGCCUCCGCAUCGGCAUCCGCACCAACGCCACCAGGCAUUGAUGUCAAAAACAAGUUUCGCUGCUACUUCUGUAACUACACCUCGGUUGCCAGAACCAAUCUCGAGAACCACAUGCGCACCCACACUGGCGAGAAACCGUUCGCUUGCUGGUUUUGCCCCUAUCGAUCUACUCAGAAAGGAAACCUCAGGACGCACAUAAAGAAUAAGCAUUGAUGUACUCAAGUCUGUGUGUAUAGCUUGUAGGAGUAAUGGUAGGGAAUUUUUGACUUCUCCAUUUUCGUCCUCUUAUGUUAAGGUGGAUGUUUGCACCCCUGUAGCCUUUGGUUAAGCUAUUGUUAUGACUGUUAGGAAUUUUAAGUUUAUUGUUCUGUGUAGGUUUGGAAAGUUUAAGCUAUGACGUAGUCACAUUGGUAAUGAAGAGGACGAGUCUGUAUGAAGAGCCCACAUAAAUACAAGUAGUAUUUUGUUCAUUUUUGUGUUGAUAUAUUUGCUUUUCUUUCUUUGGCAUUUGCAGAUAUUAAAAAUUUGUUAACAUUUUCGCCUUAGUUGUCAAUAGAUAAAUGUAACACCUGAAAACAGAAGUGUUUGAUUUAGAGUAAUUUUAAUAGUAGGAUAUUCACAGCGAGUAUUUUACACUCUCAGGCAUAGUUACUAAUAUGUUGUAUUCCUUGUACUGCUUUGUAAUCUCGCUAAACAUCCAGGACUACUGAAAGUCACAAGCGUGUCGAUCAGUUGUAUUGUUGAGUUUGAUUCUUGACUCUAAAUAAGUACAGUUUUAGUAUUAAUUGAUUUUAAAUAAUUCAUCAGUGCACUGCUCUAUUUUAAAGGAGAUAUAUGCAGUACCUGUAGUGUGAAUUGCACAUUUAUAUUUUGUGGGAAAUUGUGCUGAGUUUGACCAAAAACAUUAAUCCUUAUUUUCAUGUGAUUCACAAUACGUACUUUAUAAAAGUGCUGCUGUAGCGAGUUUUCAUUUUUAUUUAAUAAUAAUUCACCUCGAAAGAAUUGAAUUCUUCAGUCAUCGCAUUCUGGUUUUGUUUCAAGGUUGAAAGAUUAUUCAGAUGGUUUCCAGUUGGUCAUCUUUUGAAUAAAGGAAUAGAAAUAUUUUACUUUCAGAAGGACUGAAAUUAAGACCACAUUUAGGCAGCAAAACUUCUCAGAUUAAAUAAGUUAAAACAGCAUAUUCAUGUAACUAACUAAACAAGUCACUCCUCUCUUAUAAGAAUUUAGCCUUAGGGAAAGUUAUGUAAAACAAGGGAAAUUAAGUUGUACUUUGGUACAUACAAAAUUUAAGGGAACAUCAAGCAGUUUCAAAAUUUAAGGGAACAUCAAGCAGUUUUUGAAAGAAUAGUGCAUGACUCAGGGAUUCCUUUCUGUUGACAAGAAAGCAUUGUGACAAACAUUUCGUUUUGCACUGCUGUUCAGUGCAUAAAAGCUGAAAAGAGGGCACAGAAACUAGUGGGAUACAUAAAGAGGCAGUUCAAAUACAGAAGCAAGGAGAUGGUGCUGCAGCUCUACACAUUUAUAGUUAAACCUCCUCUUGAAUAUGCAGUACAGUUUUGGUCACCAACACUAAGAAAGGACAUAAAUAGAUUAGAAGGGGGUUCAAGCAAGAGCCACAAAGUUAAGUCCAUCCAUCAGGCAGAUAGGUUACCAAAGACGACUAGAGAGCAUGAAUAUGUAUGGUUUAGAAACAGGACAAUUGUGAGGACAACUAAUAGAAAUAUUCAAAAUACUAAAAGGCAUAACAAAAGUAGACACUAACCUAUCUAUAUUAAACGAAAGCCAUACAAGAAAUAGUAAUGGAUGGAAACUAGAACUGAAGAGAUACAACACAUCUCAUUGUGGAAACUUCUUUACAUACAAGAUAUGACACUUGGAAUAAACUGCCACCAGAUAUAAACAGCAACAGUGUGGAAGAGUUUAAAAGAAUGCUAGACAAAAUCAUUAGGAGGACACUGUGAAUGCACAGUAAAACUUGCUUCUAGAGAUAAGUGAGCACUCAACAUCUCAGAUGGACUAACAAGUCUUUGAGACAUCCUAAUCCUUGUAACACUCUCUUUCUCUCAAAAAGGGUAAGGACUUAUUAGGCAGAGAUGUCAGUUGUACAUAUCAUAGUUUGAUGGUAAACAUGAUUUACAGUAAAAAUAUGAAGGUUUUCUGGUCUAUUUUAUAUCAUUUCUAUUUAGUUCUUACAUUUUUAGUAAUCGAUGCUAAUUAGUUCCAUAUUGGGUUAUGUUGGUCAGAGUGAUACUUGGUGUUUUAGAACUGACACUUGGUUUGUUUUUCAUUUGAAUUUUUUUUAUUUGUGAUCAUUGUUAAGGUUAGGAAAUCCCAGAAUUCUAGAUUACAAUUUUUUUUUAUGUACUACACCUGUAAUGUAAGUAAUGGGUGGAUGGCUAAUUAUGCUAGUCUCCAGUUAAAAAUAUAAUCAGUGAAUAAAAAAACAGUACGUACAUAGUAGUAGUUCAUGAAACACUUGUUUAUUAUUGUAUUAAAGAGUUGUUUCUCAAGGGACGUUCACUAACAUUAAAUACUUUUUGGUAAAUACUUUUUGGUGGCAAAAUUUUUUUUUAUAUAUUAAAAGAGUAAAUGGUUAAAAAAAUCAUCCACUUCAUGAAAGGUGACACUAGAGCAUUGUAAGAGGAUUGGGAAGUAGAUUUUGAGUGUCUAGGUGUCAGAAGAGAUUAUAGAGAGAUGCCAACAAUGUAGGUUGGUUUCAACUGAUAUGUAUCAUAAUAAGAAUGGAUGGUAGGAAAUGAGGAGUGAUGGGGUGAGGGUUUGUUCAGCUCGGUUGUUUGUAUAGUAGUAUAUAUGUGUUUUAGGAAAAAAUAAACGAGAACUUUAGAUAUUGUCGGGGGAAAGAAGAUUUGAUUUCCAGUGACAUACUUAGUGAUUGAACACUGAUGAUUAUGUUUUAAGACAACUGCAAUUUCAUUUUUGAUUGCUUUCUCUCUGUUUUCCUCCUCAAGGAAGUUCGUAUAAAGAACCGCAUACACUAGUUAAUGAUAAAGGUAAGAUUAAGAAAAAUAUUUUUAUAUCAAGGAAGUUUUUAUGUCUACUAUUCUUAGAGGACAUUAUUUGCUUUAAUGAUGAGAAGCUGGGAUUAUAGUUUGAGUACACAGGCAGUCCCCAGUCAAAGGCCGGGGGUUCCUUUCCCUGCCGAGUCCCGAUAACUGGAACAUCGCAGUAAUUAUGGGAACAAAUGGCAUUUAUGACACUCGAGUGCUGAUUGUCGCCAAAAAUUGCUUACCGAUGCUGAUAAACUGCCUAUAGAUGCUGAUAAACCUCUUACUGGCACAGAAAAUCUGUCUACAUUGUCAUACUGGCACAGAAAAUCUGUCUACGUUGUCAUUAGCCAAACGCCAUUAACCAAUGCCGCCGAUAAGUGGUGACUGUCAGCACGGCAUUAGUCCUAUUCAGAUGAGCAGUGAUAUCUUGUGAGUGUUACAACAGUAACAUCUUGAUUUGCAUUUGCAAAGAGCCUGUGGUAAAGUUUAUCCCGUCAGUCCUCUGUAAAUGUUACAACAAUAAUAUUUUCAUUUGCUUAAAUAGUGCCUGUGGUAAUGUUUAUUCCUAAAGUCAUCUAUUACUUAUUCAGCUGCAGUGCAACUUUGUUCAGUUUCAUCAGUCAGUCCAUUUGUGUGGUAUGUUAUAGUGGAUGUUAAUUAAUCGUGUACAUUUAGUUUGAGGUGAAACAUCUUAAAAAUUGAGUUUGUUCUGGUUGAUGUUUUUGGUCAUUAUUCCUGCUUGUUGCUGUUUGUUGAAUGUUGAAAGAAACCUGAAUUGUAAGUUUGUAGUGUAAAAAACUGAUUCAGAACUAUUUGUGGAUGAAUGUGGGACAUUUUAUUUAUCCAGGUUGUAGCUGUGUUUUCCAGUUUUUCAUUGUAUAAAAGUAUGUUAUUGUUGACCGAAAUUUCAAUUGAGGAAAUUUGUACAUUGAUGCAGAAUUUGCUACAAACAGGCUAGAAGUUGUGUGGCUUGGAUGAUAAAAUUUCAUAUUGUAGUUUUUAUUGAAUGAUAUUUAACAAAAUUAUUCAAAAAAACUGUUGGUUUUUCAAUUCAAGUGAUGGAUUGACCAGUUUCUGUAGCUGUGUGUUUUGGAAGCUUUUUUGCUUUACGUGUAGUACUGUAUUCGUUUUGAGACACUGUGUAAGACAACCCUUCC